CUUCGUGCUAGUUUCUGAGGCCCAUUGCAACUUUCCCUCUUUGCACUUUUUCCACACACACCCUAUCUAAUCUAACUUAAAUAAGCUGGUUCACUUCAGAACAGCCUGCUGCCAAUACAACCAUGAUUUUAUACUCUGUAUACGACUGCUUGGAUUUUAAAUGGUACUUGUUUUUGAUUUGUGUUCUGCUGCUGCUUAUAGAUUUAAUCAGGAAUAAAAACCCAGCAAAUUUUCCACCAGGACCCUGGCCUCUACCCAUCUUAGGAAAUGUCUUUACUGAUGUUAACUUUAAAACUGUGGAUCAGCUGAUUGAUAAGUAUGGAAACAUCUUCAGUGUCAGAAUUGGCAGUGAUAAAAUAGUGUAUGUGUCUGGGUUUAAAAUGGUGAAGGAUGUUUUGAUCACUCAAGGGGAAAACUUCACUGACCGCCCUGUUUCACCAUUAUUUGACACACUUUAUAAGGGCAGAGGCCUGUCCUUCAACAAUGGCUAUUCAUGGAGAAAGCAUCAGCAGUUUUCCAUGAGUCACCUGAAAAACUUUGGAGAGGGGAGGAAGACUCUAGAAGAAAAUAAUCAACGAGAGUGCUACUUCCUGUGUGAAACCUUCAAAGAGGAGCAGGGCCGCCCUUUUGACCCUUUGGUCAAAAUCAAUAAUGCAGUGGCCAACAUUAUCGGCUUCCUGGUGUUCGGCCAUCGAUAUGAGUAUAGUGAUGUUAAUUUCCAGAAACGUCUACAAAUGAGUGCGGAGUCAGUGUUUCUUACGGGAUCUGUGUGGAACCAGCUGUAUGAUGCUUUCCGUAUAAUGAAGUGGGUGCCAGGACCUCAUCAGACAAUCAUUUCCAACUAUCAGAAGUUAGCAAACUUUCUGGAAGAGAAGAUUGAGCAACACAAACCAGACUGGGACAUCAGCAAUCCUAGAGAUUAUAUUGAUGCCUACCUAACCGAAGCAGAGAAGAAGAAGAAUGACACAGAGGCAGGGUUUACUGUUGGCAGUCUGGUGUGGUCCAUGGUGGAUCUGUUUGAGGGAGGAACUGAAACAACAACCAACACACUCCGAUGGGCUCUGCUUUUCCUCAUCAAGUACCCUGACAUUCAAAAAAAGGUGCAAGCAGAGAUUGAUGAGGUGAUUGGGUCCCGUCUUCCUUCUAUGUCUGAUAAAGCAAACAUGCACUACAUGAAUGCUUUCAUUCAUGAGGUCCUCAGGAGAGCAAACCUUGUGCCUCUUAAUAUGGCUAGAGUUGCAAAAAAAGACACAACUCUGGGGGGCUACUUCAUAGCAAAGGGAACUGUCAUGAUCACAAACCUGACUUCAGUGCUGUAUGACAAACACGAAUGGGAAACACCAGACGCCUUUAACCCCAAACACUUUCUAGACUCGGAGGGCCACUUUUGCAGAAGAAAUGCCUUUUUUGCCUUCUCAGCAGGCAAAAGGCAGUGUCCAGGAGAGUAUCUGGCUCACUUGGAGCUGUUCAUCUUCCUCACCAUCCUCCUGCAGACCUUCAGCUUCAGCCCUCCUGACGGUGAAGAGCCCAGUCUGGACAGUCAAGUGGGCUUUACUCAGGCGCCACUGCCAUACAAGAUCUGCGCUCAUCCCAGAUGAACAACUGACCAUCGACUCUGCGACUGGAAAGAAUAUCACCCACAUUUGCGUUUUUCUUAUGGAUCCAAUCUGAGAUUUUGACAAUGUAGACGUGAUGUUGCAGUUUUACUGUCACACAUGACAAAAAUGUAUAUAAUUAGUAUUGUCAUCAUUCAAAAAGCUGUAAUUGGUCAUUCCAUGGGGCUCUUCCAUGGACUGUUAUAAAGACUGUUGUGUGUGUUUUAUUUUAUACAUUUUUGAGCCAAAUCCCAAAACCGUCCUAUGGUGUGACUGUCUCAAGCAUAGUCCAAAUUAAAAAAAUAGCCCAAAAAUAAAUUACAGCUCUUGUAAAUGAAAAUCAUAAAAAUCAUUAAUAAAUAAACCAGGCCUAAUUUUACAAGUGGCUAUUUUAGUUCAAGGCAGUCAUUUUUUCAUUCAUAUAUUUUUAAAAUCAUAGGAAUUUGAUACAUUUUGUGACUGAAAACCAUGUCCAGACAAUUUAUGCUAAUUUGAAAUCAGCAAUUCCACAGAAAACGUCCACACAAAAAAAGAUCACGUGACUGAAACCCCCUGUGAAUCAUGUGACGUGCACCUGUAAGUAUUUGUCUCUGAAUUUUUUUUUUUACAUGGGCAACACGUUGGUUCGGUGGUUAGCACUGUUGCCUCACAGUAAGAAGGUUGCUGGUUCGAGUCCCGGCUGGGUCAGUUGGCAUUUCUGUGUGGAGUUUGCAUGUUCUCGAGUUUCUGCAUGUUCACGUGGGUUUUCUCCGGGUGCUCCAGUUUCUCCUACAGUCCAAAGACAUGUGGUGUGUAGGGUAACUGAGUGAUCUAAAUUGCCUGUAGUGUAUGAGUGUGUAUGGAUGUUUCCCAGUACUGGGUUGCAGCUAGAAGGGCAUCCGCUGUGUAAAACAAAUGCUGGAUAAGUUGGCAGUUCAUUCCGUUGGGGUGACCCCUGAUGAAUAAAGGGACUAAGCUGAAGGAAAAUGAAUAUUUGACAUAUAUUUAAAGUUUUUCCUAAUUUUUGUUAUGCUAUGCCAUAGAUUGUUUCACAGUACAAUUCAUUUAAAACUAAACUGUGAAAGAACUGAUAAAGAUAGUGACCUCUUUUUUCUCAAUCAUGAGACUUUAACUACAUAGAACAAUUCUUUCUUCAAAAAUGGUGUCUUGCCAAAAAAACAAAUGUUAAAAAAGCCUAUUUGUCAAUAUGCAUGGAAACGUACAAACUCUUGAAAAGUAUAAAGAAUGUUUACAGAGAUUUCUGUUUUCGUUUUGCUGUGAAGUCCCAACAUUUCCCAACAUAGAUUAUGAUCUGUAUAAACACAAGAAAUGUGUUCUGGCCUUUAACAAUUACCUCAGUCUCUCAGUCUACACAUGGAAAAGAUUAGUUCUGUCUAAAAGGCCACAUACAUGUACAGUAUGCACCUAUUAAGCUUAUUUUGUGGUAUUAAUUUCCCUCCUACAAUAAAUAAUGUAUGCUAUUUCAACAAAAUAAAAUAAAAUUGGACACCUUGA